AUGUCGACACGUAGUUUCGAGCUGGUCACCGCGGACGGCACGCUCAUCCACGACAGCCCGUACGUGCACCAGGAUCUCUUCUGGGCGCUCCGUGGUGGAGGCUGUCCCAGUUUUGGAAUGGUGACCAGUACGAAGUACAAACUGCACCCCGAGCAAGCGAUCAACGCCAGCUACUUCGAGGCGUACACGAUCACGUUGGACGCCUUCGUACAGGGGUUCGAAGUCUUCCACAACGCUCAAGGACCGCUCGCACCUGACGGUAUUCGCGCGUACAGUGGCCACCGAACUAGCUUCGCGUGGACAUACAUCAACCUGAAUACCACCAACGUUGACCAGGCCGACAAGUCCAUCACGCCGCUCAUCAACAACGUCGCACAAAUUCCAGGCAAUGGUUCUCCGGACGCCAUAGGAUACAACUACACUGCGGGCGACGUCGUCGCCGUGAACGGUCACACCGUCCCGCGCUUGCUCCCCACCUCCCUCUUCACCGAUGAACCCGUACACCAGCCGAACCAGUCCGCGAUCAACCUCCUCCUUGUGCGCCUCUCCCCCGCUCGGCGGCCGCGACCUUCUCGUCGGCGGCGGCGGCGUCGCGCAGCAUCCUGUCUCCUCGGCGGCCGUGCACCCCGGCGCUCAUCGCUGAUCAACCUCGGCGUACGCGUCGGCUGCCUCAAUGGCGCUCCUCCUCACGCCCGGGAGGCGGCCGAGACCGCACAAACGUAUGAUGACCGGUUCGUGAGCCUGACACGCGCGUGGGGCACGCACUGGAACGAGAUGGGAUACUGGGAGGGUGACUUCACGCGUCCCAUCUCCCUCUUCAUUGAUGAACCCGCACACCAGCCGAACCAGUCCGCGAUCACCUCCUCCUUGUGGGCCUCUCGGCGGUCACAUGGUCACCCGGGUAUGUUUCCGGAAGGCGAGGACAGCGAUGCUUCGAAGGAGCCUGUGAACGUUGUACAACCGGCAGACGACAACUUGAUUAUGCCGAUAUCGGUUCUCUGUCCUCGUAGCAUCCAAGAUGCAAAAUGUUAUCGCCACCUUCUUCGAGGGGUCGAGCACGGUUACUGGCUGGCCGUUAUCCCCGGCCACCGACCGAACAACGCGUCUACCCACGGAACGCGAAGAAGACGGAGCCGCUUUGUCAUAUUCGCGGAAGAUGCACCACACUCCGACGAUGCAGAGGAUCCCAACCUCAUUGCACCCGUAAUGAUCCAUAGCAAAGCGAACUUGUUCUUCUAG